AUGGGAGAGUCUCUUCAGGAAUUCGACUACCUUAGGCGUUCCUUUCCUUUCGUGGAAUGGGAACAAAAUUUUGAGCUGAUGAGCCAAGUUACAGAGUUCACUGGCUCUGUAAUGCAGAAUCAGUGCAUAGGGUUGAUGGAUUACUCCAAUAAUUAUUACUUGCCUCACCAGGAGUUUGCAGUGCCAGUUAUUGAUAACUCCGUGAGCUUCUUGCCACCUGUUGAAUGUCAAAAGCCCAUUUUAAAGCAGCAGCCUGUCCCAGGCUCAAUUGGAGAACAUAUCCAUGAAGACAGGAAAAGGAAGUCAAUGGUGGCACCAGAUACCAAUUCAUUGGCUGAGAUUAAGGUUAAGAAGAAUGCCUCAGGGAGUGGGAAGAGACACAAAAGAAAUUCAAACGAAAAGAACAAACAAAAGGAGGUGGUUCAUGUGAGGGCAAGAAGAGGCCAAGCCACUGACAGCCAUAGCCUAGCAGAGAGGGAGAGAAGAAAGAAGAUAAAUGAAAGAAUGAAGCGUUUACAAGAUCAUGUUCCAGGAUGUAACAAGAGAAUGGGUAUGGCAAGGAUGCUGGAUGAGAUAAUCAGUUAUGUGCAAUCACUGCAAAACCAAGUUGAGUUUCUCUCAAUGGAACUCUCCGCCGCUAGCUAUGUUCAAGACUACAGCAUAGGCGCCGGAUCCCUUUCGACAGUACAGGUAGAAAAAGAAGAUGGGGCACGAGAGCCAGAGAAACGGAAGAGGCUGAUGGAAGGGCAUGGAGACUGCACUAGCUUCCACUCAUCAGUGCCCUUUUGACUCGUCUUUCGUCUCUUGGCUUUACCAUGUCUAUGACUACAUACAUUGCUCCAAAUCCAGCCCAAGAGAUGUAUGUUCCCCACAACCCAUGCAUGUCACAGAAGGAUCACGUAAGAGCUACAUACUUCUCUGCACACGAGUGUGGUCCUUAAACAAAGACAACAUAAACCAAUCUGUUCUUAUCACUUUGUUUUGUGUCUCAUUCAAUUAUCCUUUCACCAGGUCAUGUAUUCAUUAUCUCUCAUCACAAUUACCCUAAUAAUAAUUUCCACUAUUUAAACCCUAAAGCACAGUCGACAAUCAACAAGUGUUAAUUAUUUAAACCCUAAAGCACACUUAGCCUAAGGAUUUGACGGACGACAUAGGAUAAUAUGCAAUAAUUCAAGGAAUCGUACAAGAAUCGCUCGUAGGUUGACUGGACAGGAAUAAUAUACCAGAUGAAAGAAAAGGAGACAGAGAU